AUGCAACUCACAGCUUUCCUCCUCCUCAGUGCCGCGGGACUUGCUCUUGCAAAGCCAACACCCCCAACAUGCGGCACCUGUAACCCCGUCUCAGGGCAAAACAGCUGCGACAUCACGACCUCGUGCAUCAACACGGGCAAAGCCUUCCACUGUGCCUGUCGCGCGGGUUACAAGGCAUCUAGCCACAACAAUGAUAUCCAUUCGCAAUUCAGGCUGAAUAUGCCCGACUACAAGUUCUUGGUGUUUGUGCCUGAGAACACGGCCUGUGAUACCUUGUGCGCUAAUCCGUUCGGAGCACCAAAUACUAUUUGCCAGGAAGUGCCAAUCUACGAUCAGUGCAAGGUUUGA